AUUAAUAUAGAUGUAAGCUUGUUGAUUCAUGAUAUAAAACGAUAUACAUUUAAAUAUAGAUCAUUCAAAUGAUGUUUAAGCUUUUCUACCGAACAAACAUCAAUUGUAUUAGAAAAAUCAUCAAAAUAAUUUAGCAACCUGUCAAUGGAAACACAAUUUGGAAAAAUGUAAACAAAGCUGUUUGUUACUGAAGAGAUCCAUACAACUUCAUUGCGCAGUUGAAAAUGAACAAGAGCAAGUCAGAACUUCAACUUCACCAUGCAGUCAAGUUCGAAUCGUUAGAAGCAGUUUCUGCAUUUAUUAACAGCGGAUCAGAACUAAAUAAAGCAGAUAUAUAUGGAUUAACACCGCUCCAUUAUGCAGUUAUACAUAAAAGAGGAAACAUCACUUCUGAAUUACUUAUUAAAGGAGCAGAUCCAAGUGUGGUUGAUAAAAACGGACUAACGCCACUCCACUAUGCAGCUGAAUAUGGAUCUCAACAUAUAGUGUCUGAAUUAAUUACCAAAGGAUCAGGUUCAAACAUAGCAGAUAGCAAAGGCCAGACACCACUUCACCUCGCAGCUAUAAACACGAAUGAAGACGUUUUGUUGGAAUUAUUAAACAGAGGAUCAGAUCCAGAUGUGGUAGAUAAAAAAGGGAAAACACCAUUGCAUUACGCAGCUGAGUAUGGACAUACGCACAUAGUUUCUGAAUUACUCAACCGAGGAUCUGACCCAAAUACUGCAGAUAAUAAUGGAUCGACACCACUGCAUGAUGCUCUUAGUACAAAAUCUGAGACGACAAUUGCUGAAUUGAUUAAUAGAGGAUCAGAUCCAAAUAAGGCGGAUAAAAGUGGACAGACACCUCUUCAUUAUGCAGCUCGUAAUGGAUUAAAAUACAUGAUAUCAGUUUUGAUGAACAAAGGAUCAGACCCUAAUAAGUCAGAUAUUAGUGGCAAAACCGUCUUUGAUUUAGCAAGAACACCAAGCGUUAGAAGAAUAAUACAGGAACUGAACAACUCAGGUGAGCUUAGAAUCGUUGAUAUAUAACAAGUACAUAUGAAACUCUGUGAUUGCUAAUCAUGCUAAUGUUGUUCAUGUAAUUUGACGUAGAUGGAACAGCUUGUUGAAUUUUUAAAAAAUUCAGCUAUUCUACUUUGUCUUUUAAAUGUAGCGAAUAAAAAGAGUUUCAAGCUUAACAAAGAAAGGUGCAAAAACGGAACAACCAAAACUCAUUUAUUUUGGAAUCGUAAAGAUUCCAAUAGAAAACUGAAAUAGCAUUCGUUAAAUGCAAUUGACAGCAUCUUUGAUACAAGAAACAUAAUAAGAAAAAAUCCAACAUCAAUUAUCAAAAAAAUACCACACAUAAAAUGGGAACAGAACAAUACGGUAAGCAGAUCUUAGUCAUCAAGUGACACCAUAGUAUUAUGGCAAACAAAGAUUAUCUGGCAUUAUAAUCGGGCAAAGAUAGACGAAAUUAUUGCUGAUACAAAAACAAAAUUAAACUCAUUUUGGAAAUGAUUAUUUAUUGACGGUCAAACGAAUCAUGCCAUGAAAAACCG